CCUUGUCAAAUCUUAAGAUGGAAUCGUCUGAUAUAGCAGAGAAAUACACUCGUUGUUACGCCCAUAUGUGGAGAGAUACUUCUGAAGGCCAGUACUUCCCCUUUACUAAUGUAACUUGCUCUAUAAAAGAAGAAACUGGAGACAAACUCAAGAACAAUAGUACCAGCUAUUUGGAUUGUGGCAGGAAUAAUAUAUUAGCCCUAUCAGAGAGUGAUGUCUUUAGAACUCUUAAAGCAGCAGCUUCUCCGGUGUUCAAUGUUGAUAAACUAGUUUACAAUGUCAUAAAGGACAAGUGGUUUAGAGUGCUAGACUUGAAGACAGAUGAACACUCGAACCCUACCUGGGUGAGCUUGGUCGAGAGAGACGGAGUAGAAAUCAUCGAGCUAUUCACACAAGAAGAGUUUGAUCAAUACAAGAACUUUUUAGAAAUAUCUGUUAUCAUCAGCUCUGCUUUUAAAGACAACACUAUUCUUGAAGUUAACCCCAAGAUAUAUGAAAAACUUGAAGUAGCAUUAGAGAAGCCAUUUGAAGGUUUAGGACAGAGAAUUGGAACCUACAAAUUCUUUUUCAAUGGGAAAGAAAUUGAUAAAGGUACAAGCAUUGCAACCAUAGACACUAUCAAUCAAGGAGAUACUAUCUUUGCAACUGAAGGGUUUGGUGAGCCAAGCAAGUUUUCAAGAUUUCCUGAAGGAUCCUAUGAUUCUGAAUGGUACAUGAACCUGAACUAUCACGAUGUGAUUAUAUUCAUCCCUCAACAGGAUAUCAAGCUCUGUGGGUUUACAUCUUUCGCAGCCAGAGAUACUACAGAGUAUCCUUUUAGGUACCAAAUCAACAUCGAUGGAGUCACAGUGGAAAAGGAAGAGAAAAUAGCCACAGACUUUGAAGAUAAGUACUACUGAAGACACAGACUUAACUCAUUGUAUCCAGUCAAAGCAGGCCAGAAGAUAGAAAUUACAGGCUGGACAGCCAAAGACUUCGACAGCUUGAAUGAUUAUGUUUAUAUUUACAGCGGAAAGGGAGGUGAUAAUUACACAGAAAUCGAGAACGAGCACAUGGGCUUAUUUGUUGUUGAAACUAAGAGUCAGAGCUGAAAUUGGACGAAUGUUUCGAUAGGCAAUUUUCCAGAAAUACUUUACUAUUUGUAA